CUCGUCUCCUCCCCUCCUCUCGCCGCUCGCUCGUUCGCUCUUGGCUCACCCUCUUUUCAUUGGCGCCACGGCUAGGCCCCUUGUCAGGACAACUGUCGCGACUCGAUCGACGCACGCUGGCUGGUGACGCCAGCGAGGAUAUUCCAAGGAACCAGAAAGCAAGGACAAUUACGCCUAACGGCGUUUCGCAACGUCUAUCUCUAUCUGCCUCCGUCCACGCCCGCCUCGACGGCUUUCCCAUUCACGCCUCGCCCUACAUUCCGAAGGGGCUGCAUCGAUUGAACCCGGUGGGCAAAAGGGGGUAGCAAGUGACCGCCAACAUGGGUUGCGGACCUUCAAAAGAGGACAAGGAGGGGGCGGCCAGGAACGAGGAGAUCGAGGCACAACUCAAGAAGGACAGGCUCGCGCAGAAAAAUGAGAUCAAGAUGCUGCUCCUUGGCGCGGGAGAGUCAGGAAAAUCAACAAUCCUUAAGCAGAUGAAGCUCAUCAACCUGGGGUCCUACACACCGGACGAGAGGGAGUCGUACAAGGAAAUCAUCUUUUCCAACACACUGCAAUCGAUGCGAGUCAUCCUCGAUGCCAUGGAAUCGCUCGACAUCCCCGUCGAGAACGCAGACAACAACCGAAGGGCCGAAGUGAUCCUUAGCCUCCCACCACAGAUCGACGCCGAGAGCUUGCCGAGGCACGUCGCCGAUGCCGUCGAUGGCCUCUGGCAUGACCGUGGCGUCCAGACCUGCUUCGCCAGGAGCAGAGAAUUUCAACUCAACGACUCGGCUUCCUACUACUUUGACUCGAUCCAACGAAUGGCCUCGCCAAAUUACUUGCCGACGGACCAGGACGUGCUGCGAUCGAGGGUCAAGACAACGGGAAUCACAGAGACACACUUCCAGAUCGGUGAUCUCAAGUACAAGGUCUUUGACGUCGGUGGACAGCGGUCAGAGCGAAAGAAGUGGAUUCACUGCUUUGAAAACGUCACUGCCAUCCUCUUCCUCGUCGCCAUUUCCGAAUAUGACCAAUUGCUGUACGAGGACCAGAAUGUGAACCGGAUGCAGGAAGCCUUGACGCUCUUCGACUCGAUCUGCAAUUCGCGUUGGUUCGUUCGAACCUCAAUCAUCCUCUUCCUCAACAAGAUCGACCUCUUCAGACAGAAGCUGCCGACAAGCCCCAUGUCCGACUACUUUUCAGAUUACACUGGUGGCCAAGACUACGAUGCGGCGUGCGAGUACAUUGUCAACCGCUUCGUCAGCCUCAACCAGAGCGACUCCAAGACCAUCUAUUCGCACUUCACGUGUGCAACCGAUACCAAUCAGAUCAAAUUCGUCAUCUCAGCCGUCAACGAUGUCAUCAUUCAGGUGAACCUCAAGUCUUGUGGACUACUGUGAGCGUCAAUCGCCUCGUUACAGCCUUCCGCAGGGUUCAUGUUGUUCACCCCGAGUGUCAAUCUCUCUCUCUCUCUCCUCUUUCAACCCCCUUCAAUAUAACAAUGCCAUAUACCGACCGACCGACCGACUGCUGCUUUUGGACCUGUGUUGCCGUCAUUCGACUUCCUCGCCCUCCAUCCUAUCUCGACUUUCGCCACGCUCAGGCUCUGAACGUUGAUCCGCCAAGCUCGUUCUCGCCUCCUGCCAGCAACUUCGUCAUGAUCAACCCAUCAGACAAUCAUGUGAAUGGCGGAAAUCGAGGGUCGAUGAAAUUUACUUCUUGGGCGCCCUCCGAUCU